CCUGUCCCCGCCGAAGCUCUGGACCUUUCCAAAGCCUGGCUAGGAGGGUGGGGAGAACCCUUGCGCCUGGGGAGCCGGGCCGUUUCUGGGUGAGGCUGCGGACUCCUCUUGCUCGUGUCAUCGUGUCCUUCCCUGGAGACAGAGACGUGGGAGAGCCCUGGACCAGGGACAGAGUGGCGGGCGGGGCCGAGCUCAGGGAGCCGCUCCGGGUGCCCCCACCCCCGCGGGCGUCAGUGGUGCUGGCCGAAGGCAGGGCUCGCGGUUGCGGGGCUCGCGUCGCUGUCAGUGCGGUGGAGCGCGCGAGCGGCGCGGGCGCGGGCGCGGGCUAGCGGAGCCCGAAGAAGCUGAGGGGGCGGUAGCGGCGGCGGCGACGGCAAGUACGACUCCCGCGCGAGUGCCCAGCCUCCUCCCGCCGCAGCCGCCCUUUUCCUCCCUCCCUUACGUCCCCGAGUGCAGCGGCACCGCCUCCUUCCCAGCCGCGCGGCUUUCUCCAGACCUCUGGGCGCGGGUCAGCCCUAUUCCCAGACGCAGCUGGUGUUGACCCUGUAACUCAAAGGAGGAAACAACUGGCAAAGCUCAGCAUUGUUACUGGUGGGCACCAUGUCCUUGAAGAUUCAGGCAAGUAAUGUAACCAACAAGAAUGACCCCAAGUCCAUCAACUCUCGAGUCUUCAUUGGAAACCUCAACACAGCUCUGGUGAAGAAGUCAGAUGUGGAGACCAUCUUCUCUAAGUAUGGCCGUGUGGCUGGCUGUUCUGUGCACAAGGGCUAUGCCUUUGUUCAGUACUCCAACGAGCGCCAUGCCCGGGCAGCUGUGCUGGGAGAGAAUGGGCGGGUGCUGGCCGGGCAGACCCUGGACAUCAACAUGGCUGGAGAGCCUAAGCCUGACAGACCCAAGGGACUAAAGAGAGCAGCAUCUGCCAUAUACAGUGGCUACAUCUUUGACUAUGAUUACUACCGGGACGACUUCUACGACAGGCUCUUCGACUACCGGGGCCGUCUGUCACCCGUGCCAGUGCCCAGGGCAGUCCCUGUGAAGCGACCCCGGGUCACAGUUCCUUUGGUCCGGCGUGUCAAAACUAACAUACCUGUCAAGCUCUUUGCCCGCUCCACAGCCAUCACCACCAGCUCAGCCAAGAUUAAGUUAAAGAGCAGUGAGCUUCAGGCCAUCAAGACGGAGCUGACACAGAUCAAGUCCAAUAUUGACGCCCUGCUGAGCCGCUUGGAGCAGAUCGCUGCGGAGCAGAAGGCCAAUCCAGAUGGCAAGAAGAAAGGUGAUGGUGGUGGCGGCAGCGGUGGUGGUGGUGGUGGCAGCGGCGGCGGCGGCGGCAGCGGCGGUGGCAGCAGUGGUGGUGGCAGUGGCAGCAGUCGGCCACCAGUCCCCCAAGAGAACACGACUUCUGAGGCAGGCCUGCCCCAGGGAGAAGCACGGACUCGAGACGACGGCGAUGAGGAGGGGCUGCUGACACAUAGUGAGGAAGAGCUGGUGAGGGCCUGGAUAGGAGCACGACUGGGACUCGACUGCACUCCUACUCUAGCUGCUUGCCCCCACUGUGAGCUCCCCCUUCUCUCCUUCCCAGGGGUUCCAAGAAUGAGCAGGGGGCACUUGCCAUCUCAGACACCAUCAGAAGUCCCACUGAUGCCUAGGGCAGACAUCUCCCAAGCCUAGGCACAUUGUGCCCUUUGUUUUCCACGAGUUGGAGAAGGGGAGAUUUGGACAUAAGGGAGCACACACAGCCUGCAGAGCUUCAGAACAGGGCUGGGGAGGCUCGGGGAGGCCACCGCAGGGAGGUGGGUGUCACCUCCGCAUGAGAAUUUUCUAAAAUCCAUUGCUGCUCAAGCAUGAAGCAAGCUGUCUCAUAAGGGGGUGAGCUCCCCGCCUGUUACUAGAACUAUUCAGGCUGAAGCUGGGAGGCCAUUUGACAAGCAGCUUAUGUUGAGGGGAGGGUAUACCAAACUCUGAGUUUGUGGGAUACGGGUUGUACACUUGCUGCUUAUUUAUUUAAUGAACUCUCAUUGAGCACCAGACCCAGACCAUACUCUCAACUUUACAUAACCUUAACAGGAGCCCUGUGCGAUGCAAGUAUUCUGUUCCCACAUUUUACCCUGUGAGGAAACUGAGGCUCAGUGGUGUGCUCAGGCUUCAGCUCAUAGGGACUGAGCCAGGGUUGGAGCCCAGACUGACUUACUGGGUCUGCACUUUCUCUUUUUCAUCCCUACUGGGUUCUGUCAUGAGAACAGAUAGGCUUAUGGCCAUGACAGUUAAGAGGUCUGCCUUACGCCUAGCUCAUCUCUCUUUUGAGCCUAGCCUUAUCCUUUUACUUUCUCAGGCAUAGCAGUGUCCAUAAAGGCCCUAACAAAGACUUAGAUGGGCCAGGCGCUGUGGCUCACGC